GUUGGUCGUCGCCGUCGGAGUGUGCCUUGGGUUUGCCUCGCCGUCGCUGCCGCCCCGUCCCUGCAUCCGCGCUCCCGCCUUGGCCCGGUCCCAGCCGCUCUCCCUGCCCUCAUCCCCUUCACCACCCCCCGGUUUCUGCCGUCGGGGCCCCGGGGCCGGGCGAAUGAUGCCGUCGGAGAGCGGAGCUGAGCGCCGGGACCCGGCGGCUGCGCAGGUGCGGACGGCUGCGGCCUCGGCGGUGGCCACGGCCGCCCCGGCAGGCGGCGGCCCCGACCCGGAGGCCUCGUCGGCUUCCUCCGGACGGCACCUGAGCAGGCUGAGCUGGCCACAGGGGAAGCGGCUGGACGCGCUCCUGAGAGAGCCGAUUCCCAUUCACGGGCGCGGCAACUUCCCCACGCUGAGCGUGCAGCCCAGGCAGGUCGUGCAGGUGGUCCGCAGCAGCCUGGAGGAACAGGGACUACAUGUGCACAGUGUGCGGCUGCAUGGCUCGGCUGCCAGCCAUGUGCUGCACCCUGAGAGUGGCCUGGGCUACAAGGACCUGGACCUGGUGUUCCAGAUGGACCUGCGCAGCGAGGCAUCCUUCCAGCUGACCAAGGCAGUGGUGCUGGCCUGCCUGCUGGACUUCUUGCCGGCUGGUGUGAGCCGGGCCAAGAUCACACCAGUGACACUGAAGGAGGCGUACGUGCAGAAGCUGGUGAAAGUGUGCACAGACACAGACCGCUGGAGCCUCAUCUCACUGUCCAACAAGAGUGGCAAAAAUGUAGAGCUCAAGUUUGUGGACUCAGUGAGGCGCCAGUUCGAGUUCAGCGUAGACUCCUUCCAGAUCAUCCUGGACUCCCUGCUGCUCUUUGGCCAGUGCUCAUCCACGCCCAUGUCUGAGGCCUUCCACCCAACAGUGACAGGUGAGAGCCUGUACGGGGACUUCGCCGAGGCCUUGGAGCACCUGCGGCACCGUGUCAUCGCCACACGCAACCCUGAGGAGAUCCGUGGUGGUGGCCUCCUCAAGUACUGCCACCUUCUGGUGCGGGGCUUCCGGCCGCGGCCCAGCACUGACGUGCGCGCCCUGCAACGUUACAUGUGCUCCCGCUUCUUCAUCGACUUUCCAGACCUGGCGGAGCAGCAGCGCACUCUGGAGCGCUACCUGGAGGCCCACUUUGGUGGAGCUGACGCAGCCCGCCGUUAUGCCUGCCUGGUGACGCUGCACCGCGUGGUCAACGAGAGCACCGUGUGCCUCAUGAACCAUGAGCGCCGCCAGACGCUGGACCUCAUCGCCACACUGGCGCUCCAGGCGCUGGCUGAGCAAGGCCCAGCUGCCACUGCUGCCCUGGCCUGGCACCCUCCAGGCCCCGAUGGGGUUGUGCCGGCCACUGUCAAUUACUAUGUGACCCCUGUGCAGCCUCUGCUGGCUCGGGCCCACUCCUAUCCCACCUGGCUGCCUUGUAACUGACUCAGACCCUGGCCAAAAGGAACAUGGCCUCAAAGGAUAGGAUGGGGUCUCUAAGCGUAUGUGGAGGACAUGACCAGAGAGAGACAGGCAGCCUGUGCCAGAUGGCCCAGCCCUGCUGCAGGGUUGGGCCUGUGAUUGAACAGUCCAGACUUCCCCAAGUGAGGCUGCUGUGGGGCUUAAGACCAAACUGGGGUUCUUGGCAGGAGGACCCUUUGGUAUCGCACCACACUUCUGGACCAGCAUGAUUGUGGGGUGCAGGGGCCAUUUUUCUUGGGGGUCGACUGCCUUCAAGAGACAAAACAAAUUUUGGAUGGUAGCCUCAGUGCCCAGCUCCUUGGGUUGAUUUCCAUGGCCCCGAAGGGGUCUUUUUUACUAGGGCCAGCCUACAGUGAUUUAGCAGCCUCUGAGGGCCUACAGCUCACACACUGACUAAAUUAUGGUAUGUUUGGGGAUUACUCACUUUGGGUUGGGCUGGGCCACUAACAAGGCCUGGUGGGCCAACCCAACUAAUCACUUGGAGGGGGAAACUGAGGCAUGCAGCAGAUACUUGGGUUUGGGGAGGAAUGGGUAUAGCCUAGUCUCCUGAAAUUCAUAUCCCAAGCUGUGAAACCUUCCUCUUGAGGGGCUGAGGUGUGCUGGACAGGAGCCAAACAGUCGGGGUGGGACGCAUCCCAUGCCCCUUCCAGCAUGUCACUCCUUUCCCUCAUAUAGUGAGGAGCCCUCCUGCCUGGGAGCUUGUUCUUUGAAAGGUGCUGAGUCCAAACUUGCCACAGCCUAGCCCAGUGCUCCCACCCCACUGGCUUGGUUACAGGGCUCUCACAUGGGGGAGGGGAGCCAUGUCCCCAUCUCCUUCCUCAUCCCUCUGGAUUUGUUGCUAUUUUGCACUCUUAACACCUGCCAAUAAAGAUUGUCUACACUGA